AUGAUACUCGCCGUGCUCUUCGCCAACUCCGAGGGCAACAUCCUCAUCGAGAGGUUCCAUGGCGUCCCCGCGGAGGAGCGGCUGCACUGGCGCUCCUUCCUCGUCAAGCUCGGCGCCGAGAACCUCAAGGGCGCCAAGUCCGAGGAGCUCCUCGUCGCCUCCCACAAGUCGGUCUCCAUUGUGUAUACCAUGAUCGGGGACGUCUGCCUGUACAUUGUUGGCAAGGAUGAAUAUGAUGAGCUUGCUUUGUCGGAGGUGAUCUUCGCUGUUACGUCGGCGGUUAAGGAUGUGUGUGCGAAACCACCUACCGAGCGCCUCUUCCUCGACAAGUAUGGGAGGAUCUGCUUGUGCCUUGAUGAGAUCGUUUGGCAGGGGUUGCUGGAGAACACGGAGAAGGACAGGGUUCGGAGGCUGAUCAGGCUGAAGCCCCCCGUGGAGCCAUGA